AUUACAGAAGUCUGUUGUGUGUUAUAUGACCAAGGUGCUUCCUGUUUCCCUGCUUUUCCCUAUCCUGCCAUACCUUACAGGCUUGCCCUCGCUCGUAUCUUAGAACAGUGGUCAUACAAGCUGAACAUGAACUCUGCUCCAUCGUAAACUCAUGAUUGAAUGGAGUCACGUAGAUAGUGUGUGUUAAGUAUAAAAUAGUAUGUGUGUGAAGAUGAAGGGCUAUAGUUUGCUGUGUUUAAUAUUUCUGGCCCCUGUCACAGUUAUUGGACAAACGACACCAGAUCGUGAGUAGCAAUUUUUUUCUGUUGAAAUCUGUAAAGAAAGCCUGUCUUUUAGUAUGAGUAGGAUAUGUAUUACUGUAGCAUUGAAUCAGAUGACAUGGUUUUGGGGGGGUAGGUUAGGCACUCUGUUUGAAGAUAGUGCUUUUUAUCAAAUUGUGUCUUCAUUUCUCAUGAUGUUGCUGGGCCAAAUCACUAUCUCGUUUCAGUUACAUGUUUUCUUUUUACAUCCAGCAAGUUGUGUAACAGUAGAUGACUUUGAAGUGUGCACAGGAACUGCAUAUCCAUGCAAUGUUGAGAAAAGCAAAUGCUACUGUAAGGACAAGAAACCUUUCUGUAGGUGUAACAACUACAUAGACAAGUGGUACAUAGGGGAGAAGUGUGACUUUGAGUGGACGAUAUUGAACUUUGCCCUGGUAUCAUCUCUACCAGGACUGGCCCUGGUUGUUAUUGUUGGUGUGAUAGUCCAGUGUGUCCAUUACUUAAGGAAACCAGCAAAGAAACAAAAGGAUCGGACAACUGGUUACACAAACUAUGCAAUGUCACCGACAACAUAUUAUGAAAAUAACCAAGAUGACAUGUUCUCCAACACAGUGUUUGCCUCAGACAUGCCGAAUCAGGCCAAAGCCUCCCAGUGUCCAGCCCGCCCAGGAGAGGUUUCCCAUAUCCAACUUACCCAACCGCCCUUACAGCCUUCAACCAAACGGCAUGCUGCCCACUUUAGACAGAUUGUCUUCGACCAACCCUACAAGCCAGCCAUAAACUACGCUACAGGUAUGACGCAGCCCUUGGGUAACCCCCAUCCCAAGUCUCCAUCGCCAAGGAACCCGUAUGAAGACAAAGCGCCACCUCCAGACUGUUAUGACGACCAGCACAUGAGACCAACACACCCCCCACCAGGACUCAAAGGCAUGAUGAGAGAAGGCAUGUCUGGGUAUCCUGCGCCCAGUUCACAUGCUCCCCUCUAUUCGGCACCGGAGUACAACCCCAGUUCCCAGUUUCCCAGAGCCCAGAUAGGGAGACACUGCUGAGGACAAACAGGGGUAACCAUGGCCUGAAUUAGAACACCACCAAUUUCACUAUCACAAUUCAAAAAAGUUCAACUCGUAUAUAAUUUAAAGUGAGUGGAAAAUGUAAACAUUCAAGGACUUUGUAAACUUUAAUUUAACAUACUAAAAAUGUAUUGUGGCUGGCUGCUAAGUUUUAUGAGUAAUCCACAUUGACUGAUUAUGAAAUUGGCUCAUAUUUUUGCUGUUUUAAGGUUUAUUGUUUGACAAUUUUGUUACUAAUAAAGGCUAUUAUUCCUAGA